CUCCAACAUACCAUGUCUUCAUCUACUCCAUCUACAAGCAAUUCUACGGAACUGGGGAAAAACGACAUUCCGCGCAAAUCCCGAGUCAGUCGGGGCCCAAGGCAAUCCAAGCCCAAAGCUGGAGGCUACAGAAGAAAUACUGGCAAUAAAAGUGAAAACGCAGAGCCUGAAGAGGAUCUCGACGAGUCGAACCAAUGUAUAAUCUGCGCUAAUCGUAUCCAGUACGCUGCGCUCACGCCUUGUAACCAUACCACUUGUCAUAAAUGUACUUUCAGACAGAGAGCAUUGUAUGAAAAGGCACUCUGUUUGAUAUGUCGUAGUGAAAAUGACCAGGUAAUCUUCACGGAGGAUAUUGAGAAGAACUACGACGACUUCUCUGCCCAGAACUUCGUGCUGUUUGACGAAAAGUUUCGUAUACAAUUCACUAACGACUACGUCAAAGAAGAUACCUUGUUCCUUUUGGCCAAUUCGUGCCCCGUAGAAAGUAAGUUGUUCACCUCUUUCAAGGGAUUAUGUGACCAUGCUAAAGAACUGCACGCAAAGUAUUAUUGUCUACUUUGUUCAAAAUUCAAGAAGGCAUUUAUAGAAGAGCUUCCACUCUAUACGCAAAAACAGCUACAAAGACACCAAGCUGAUGGAGAUGGAGAUGACAGUGGCUUUAAAGGCCAUCCAGAAUGUAAGCAUUGUCACGGUAAACGUUUCUAUCUGAUAGACGAACUCAACGUUCACAUCAGAGACAGACACGAGCGGUGUCAUAUCUGCGACCAGUAUUCGCCCAAGACCGCAGACUACUUCAAAAACUACGACACUUUGUAUAACCACUUCAAGCGGGACCAUUAUGUGUGUGCCGUACCCCUGUGUGUUGAGAAACGGUUUGUAGUGUUUAGGGAGGAUCUCGACUUGACGGCCCAUAUGUUGAAGGAACAUGGUGGUUUGGCUGGAUCUAGAGGUGUUGUUAUUGGUUCGAAUACUCGUCAUUUCCACUCGCAGUUGUCGUCAAACUUUACUGAAGGAUCUACGAGAAGAGCAGCGUUAGCAGCGGCAGCAUUUGACUCUGGAAGCGAAGAGGAUGACUACCGGUCUAUAGAGGUUAAGAAAAGAAGGUUUGAAGAAAGAGCGAAACACUAUCUCAACUAUAAUCUGGAGACCGUGCGAAAAUUCACAGAUGCCAAUGCCUCGUUCCGUUCCAAGCGUAUAAAUGCUAAGGAAUUGCUCCAGAUAUACACCAAGGAGUUAUUUGUGCACCAGUCAGCCGAAGAGCACGGCUUGCUUUUCAAGGAGUUCAUGGAGUUCUUCCCUGAAAACUCAGCUUUCUACAGAGACUUGGCAGAAGUUGCAAAAGAUUUGCAAGCCCUAGAAGCUCGUGAACUGUUCCCUGUUUUAGGCGGAACUAAUGGUAACACCUUCAACGCUUCAUCAUGGGUGUCUGGGGGCUCAGUAGCUCGUACGUCUUCACCAUUGUCAUCAUUUCCGGCAUUGGCAAGACCCACAGCCAAAAAGACUUCCGUAUCUCUGAAUCCACCAAUCAGAUACACCACCAUUAUUAAGAAAAGCCCUGCAAACAAGACGUCUGUAACCAGCACUCAAGCGUCAGCUGAUUACAAACCAAACUACUUGAGCAACCUCGACAAAACUCCGCUGGCUACGUCGUUGCCUGUUUUGGGCCAAAACCGCAGUACAUCGAUACCAGCUUCCAUUUCUCCUUCGAUCUCCAGCUCUUCUUCCCGUAACAAUUCAUCUUUAAACCUUGCCGACGAAAAGAAAUUCCCAGCUUUGGAGAAAAAGGGUCCGAAGAAGAAAAUCAUACCCCGUGUCAACCAGUACAAUAUUGCAGAUCCUGGCCAGUGGGGUUCGGCCAGUGAGCAGCCUGCUGUUGUAAUUCCUGCGGAAGAAGACUUUGGAAUCGUCAUCACGGAUAAGAGGAAACAAAAAAUGAAGAAGAAACAGGAUAGAAUCCUCUUCAGCAACGGGAUCUGAUGCUCAAAUAUUGUCGAUUCUGAGUUUGUGGAGAAGAGGCUAGAAACCUGAAAGAUUAGCACUCAUAAUACGAUUCUUGCCAACACCGAACGCAUCCAGAAAUCUUUAUUAGAGACAGUAUUCUGAAAUUACAAAUACGACAAUUCAAAACUGAAACAAAACUCCAGAUCAUAUACCCGCACUAGUAAUCUCCUAGACAUCUCGGGGUCGAGACAUAGAAUGAAGCGUAAUUCGAUUUCGUAAUAAAAGAUUCUAGAAUAU